AUGUACAACCCGACCGGAUCUCCCGAGCGGCUCUUGUCCUAUGGAUGGCCGAUGACCCCUGAUAUCUGCUCCAACAUGGGCGACGAAGCAAACAAAGGAAUCCACCUCGUGGUAAUCGGAGCAGGUUUGGCUGGGCUUGCCGCAGCAGUUUCAACUAAACUCGCGAACCCGGCGCAUCAAGUCACAGUGCUAGAAGCUACCAAAGAGCUACAAGAGCUCGGUGCAGGCUUACAAGUCACCCCUAAUGGGGCAAGACUCCUCCAAACAUGGGGUCUCUCGGUGAAUCCUGCGUGCCCUGAGACGCUGUCCGUUCACCGAUUUGACGGGACGAAGCUGCUUGCACACGAGCCAGCGCUGCAGAAGGUCACGCAAGAACGAUACGGUGCCCCUUUCUGGGAUGUCCACCGAGUUGAUCUCCAGCGCGCUAUGGUCUCACGCCUCGAGGAGCUUGGAGGGACCAUCCGCCUUAACUCGCGUGCUUCGUCUGUAGACUUCGAGGCUGCAAAUGUGAGUCUCGCCGACGGUUCUCAGAUCGCUGGCGAUGUCGUCCUGCUGGCUGAUGGUCUCUGGAGCACGAUCCGCGGCCAAUUCCUGGGCCGCGACUCCCCAGCCAUCCUCACGGGUGAUCUGGCCUACCGGAUCACACUACCCGUUGACUCCCUCCGGGGGUGGCACGCCCCGGAGCUGGCAGCGUGGAUAUCAGAUCGGCCCCGGGUGGACUUCUGGGUCGGAGCAGGCAGCCACGCAGUCGGAUAUCCCAUGCGCGGGGGCUCCGUGUACAAUCUCGUAUUUCUAUGCCCAGACGACCUGCCGCCUGACACGAACAAGCAGGCGGGCGACCUCGACGAGCUGCGGCAGCGUUUCGCGACCUGGGACCCCAUCCUGCGCAAGCUGAUCGGCCAGGUGCAGGCCGUCCACAAGUGGCGGCUGAUGUGGCUCGACGCACUGCCGCAGUGGGCGCGCGACGACGGGACCUUCUUCAUGGCUGGCGACUGCUGCCACCCGAUGCUGCCGUACCUGGCUCAGGGGGCCAACUCGAGCCUGGAAGACGGCGCGGUGCUAGGCCAUCUGCUAGGAAAAGUAAGUCUGGCGAAGAAGAAAGAGAAGCUGCCGCGCGUCGCGGAGAUGUACCAGCGGCUGCGCAUGGGUCGGGGACGGCAGAUCCAGCUGGAGACGUUCAAGCAGCGGGAUGACUUCCACCUGCCGGACGGGGAAGCGCAGGAGAGACGGGAUAAACUAAUGCUGGGCCAGUUGGGUAAGGAGGUCCAACCGGGAUUCCCCUCGCGCUGGACUAGUCCCGACAUUCAAGCGUUCCUGUAUGCGUAUGACGCUUACGCGGAGGCGGAGAAGGCAUACCAGGAGAGCCCAUUCUGA